ACGAGAGAGGAGAGACGCGCUCUCUUUGGCGUGGGGGUGCGCCCACGCCGGUGACGUCAUCCGGCGAACGUUGGCAGUGUUACCGGCGAUCAGCGCGUUGGUGUUCGAGCCUCCGAAGAGGAAGAGGGAAGAGGAGAGGCGUCGUAGCGCGCGUCGAGGAAGGGAAUCAUCGCGCGCGAGGAACGAGGGACGCGGGGGUGUUCGAGGAAGGAAGAGAGGACAGGGGACACGAGCUUGAAAAAAGACUGAGGAAACACGCGAGGAGAGGAUCGUUGGUCCGAGAGGGACGGAUGAAACAGAUGGAGCGAAACGGAGAACACGGCGUGCCGUCGAAACGAAGAAAGAGGGGCGUCGGCGGGGCGGGAGCAAAGGCGGGGGAAAGGAAUGAAUGGAAAUCGUGGAGAGACACGCGGGUGAGACGGAUGAUUCCGAAGGAGCGGUGGUGAGACCGGCAGAGAGAGUGAGAGAGAGAGACAGAAAGAGAGAAAGAAUGAGCGCGGAGAGGAGAGGAUCAGGGCGUCUCGAGACGAUGAACGCAGGAGGGGAGGCUCGUAUAGGUGAGCAUCGCGAACAGUAUCGGGAGUAUGCACGGGCACGGGGUGAUGUCGACGACACGUGACGCCAACGAAUCUCGUCUCGCCGGUCGCGAGGACCGCCACCCGCAGCAACAUCACCAGGAGCAACAGCAACCGUCGCGGCAGCGGCCUCCUCGCGCGCUCUCUCCGCGCUCGCGAGCGCUCUCUCUCGAGGCGACCGACCACUUCCCGCGCGAGCUUCUCUUUAUUAGUCUACCGCGGACCAUCGCGAACCCCUUCGCAUCGGCCUGCUCCGCGAAACCUUUACGAAACGGCGACGAUAUCCUCGGCAGAAGAGAGAACUGAGAACAGAAAAGAAGACGAAGCCGGAGGGAAGUCCGGACCGGAAAACGCGCCGGGAGUACCGCGAACAGAGAAAGAGACAGAGACAGAGAGAGAGAAAAAAGAGAGAGAGAGAGAGAGAGUGGCGGCAACGGCAGGCCGGUCUCUACGACGGAGGAAGGGAGGCACGACUCGGAAGAAGAGGAGGAGAGGAGGACGAACAGAGUGAGAAAGAGCAGGAUCCUCCAGUGAUACGAUACCGGGCAGCACGCGCGCCGGUACGUUGGUUUAUCGGGCGCGAACUACGAGAGAACCGUCGACAUCCGAGGAUUUCGCGAUUUCGAACGACUCGAAGGUUAGUUGGACCGCGGAUCUCCACGCGAGAAUACGAACGGUGGACAGCUGCUUCCGAAAAGUGCGCGUCUGUUUUUGGGAUACAGUUUUGCGUCGCGGAAAGAUUUCUCCGACACUUUCUUCGGAGAAAUUUGAUCCACCGUUGUCGCGCUUUCUACCCGUCGACAAAAAGGAGGAUCUUUCGUUUCGAACGACGCGAACAUCCUUGCCGAUUACCCUCGAGCGGAAACCGGCUACGCUCUCGCGAGUGCCGCAAUUUUCCUAGAAGAAACUGAGUGUUCCGUUUUCGACCAUAGUUUCGUGGACUGACGGAUCGUGCCGGACGCGACGGUGACGCUCGCGUCGUCGGUGACGUCGUGACAUGUGCGAUAGUCCGGCGUCCUCCUCGUUAUCGCGCCGUUCUUGGUCGUCGUUGUCGACGGGAGGAAGGCAGCAGCUAGAGCAACGCUCGGUGGCGGCCGGCGUGCGGGCAGAGGGCGAGAGCACGUGGACUCGUGGCACCGGGACGAGGGCCGGCGGCGCGACAGGUUGAAAAGAUGCUGGCACUGGCGAUGCGCCGCGAACACACGACCGGGCGCAGCAAUUACGAGCCCGCGAAUCCGCUCGCGGGUUUCGACCACUUGCAGCACAACAGCGGGAACCCGUUCGCGGUUGUGCCCUCGUCGUCGGAGGGCCGGCUACGCGAGACCGGCCCGGAACCCGACACCGAGCUCCAGGAGUUCGUAGACAUCGCCCAGGUUCAGCAGCUGCUGCAACAGCAGCAGCAGCAACAGCAACAGCAACAGCAACAACAGCAGCAGCAGCAGCAACAGCACCACCAUCACCACCAUCAGCAACAGGUGACGGCCGCCGCGGCUGCGUCUUGCAUCUGGGGAGCGGUUUACCCGCCGCCACCACCCGCGCUCGGAUACCAUCACCAUCAUCACCAUCAUCAUCCACCACCGCCGCCCUCAGAUUUGUAGAGUCGUGGAAAUGGUCUGUCCGCCGCUUCAUCACCUUUAACGGCAGAGUUAAAGCUGAAAGCUCGUUUCGUUUUUCGACGAUGUUCCAAACGUUUAAGUAUAUUCAAAAGUUUAUCACGACUGGCGAUCGCGCGAAAGGUGUAGAACCUAUAAAUCGUGACGCGACGCGUAUUUGUAAUCCGUUCGCGGGCAUAAUGGUGCGCGAUAGUGUCGUUUAUCACGUCGAACGAUUUUCCCCGAGUGUCAUUACUCGGACCAUUAUUUUUCCCUUGUUCGAACGCGUUCACAUUCAUCGGGUACAGCCAUCGCAGACAUCUUUAUCGAUCAUCGACAAUUACCGAAUAGGGCACUGACGAUCAAGGAUGUCGAUGCACGAACCGCGUCCUACGCGUAUCGAACACCAUUGUUCCUCUCCCGUUGGUGUGCGCGUUUUAAAAGGCAGCCACCAAGAUUAAUAAGGACCGGUCCGCGAGGCUCGAUGUAGCGCGCACGGGCUCUGCCGUGUGUUUCCUAUGCGCAACCUUUCACCGUAAACACGCGGUGGUCGGCGCCUAAACGCGAGCCGAUCCACACUUUUUCCCGCCGCGCUCUGAGCUUAUCGCGAUUUUUACCCCCGCGGCCGAUACGAAUCGCGAACAACCGUCAAUUAGCAACGAGUCGCACGUGCCGAUUCUUUUUAAUCGUCCCCGCUCUCGUCCCGGUCGGCUCCCUUUAUCGGUCGGCCAUUAAACCAAUUUAACUUUGUUCGUGCCGACCGAGAUACGUCGAGCCGUACAGGCGCAAAAGCUCCAGCCGGUAUUACGGAGAACAAUCGUACGUACGGUCGUCGGAUUAUUAUUUCGUGGGACUCGAGAUCUGCGAGAACGUAAAGAGGAAUGUUGCCCCGGUGUACUAAAACGUCGAAAUAAGAAAUUUGUCUCGUUCGUUGGCUCGCCGCGUUGGCUCUACCAAAAAAGGUAAUCCGUAUGAUUCAGUGAUGCGGAGAGAGAAAGAGAAACGAGAAACGCCUGCCGGUCUCGCGCUACCGGUUGCGAACCGGAGAGGACAUCGUUUCCGUGAUCGAGUGAUCAACGGAUACUUAAUCGGCGGAUACUUGAGUUUCCACGUCGGAGACGGCCAACGGGAACGUCUGGAUUCUGGACGAGAGACGGUCCACGUCAUCGAUUCUCGAGCUCGGACGAACAGUUUUGGCCGGCUCGCUGGCUCCUCGCGUGUGGAGAACGUGCAAUGGCCACCACAUAGGUGUACAUGCACACCUAUAUAGGAGAGACAGUGCAAGAAGUGGGCAGGAGUGAGGCUGUGAGAGCACGUCUAUAAAUAGGACCAAGAUCGAGAUGAGGCCUCCUCUGCACUUCGUGAUACCUUCCGUCCUCCUCCUAUCACCUUCCCCAGCGUCUUUGCUCCUCCACUCUUCCUCUUCCACGCCGGUUCUUUUUCUCCGGCCCUUCUUGUUGCUCCACGUCUCGCGGCGUUCUCCGUCCCGUUUUCGCUCCUUUGUUUUGCUCUCUUUCACGCGACGACGCUGUCUUCGUCGACGGUUCUGUCUCCUCGCUUUCUCUCUCGUUCCCGCCGUUUCGCUCCCUCGCGCUCGAACGCUGGCCGCCUUCCGUCUCUCUCUGCCCGCUCGUCCUGUCUCCUAAACGGCUCCCUCUCGUUCUCGUUCUCCACGGCUACAGACAUCCCUCCCACUAACGCGACUGACAAGCACGACGACGCGCUCCUCUGGCACGACACAUAAGGACCGCGUAUACGCGCGCGUGCACCGCGGAGCAAAAAGAACCGGCCCGUAAAAUAUAGUUCCUCCGUGGAAUAUGCAAGCGCUGGGGCCCCUCGAAGAAGAAAAAUGCGUGUUGGGUCGCGCGACCGACCGAUCCGGGCGAGAUGACGCGACUAAAAAACCAACGAUCGCCGAUCGACCGUAGGUGUUGCUGAAAUUUGAUUCCCCGCCGUGAUGCCACUUCCGAUUCAUCCCCCUCGGGGCAGUCCUUUGAUAUUCGUUGAUCGUUUGUAAAUUAAUUCUAUUUUCGUUUUAUUUCUUCUGGCAAAAUAAAUCUGAUACGAGACACAAAGGCGAAUUCACAGUGGACAUCGAUUUUCUCCGGCGAGACGCGAUCAGCGAGAAAGCCACCGACACGUGUCCGUUUUUAUUCCUAAUUUCCAGGCCAGGAUUUUCCCUUCCGCGAGGAGAGGACGAGCGAUCUGGCGCAUCCACGAUGCGACGCUUUCAUCCGCAGCGAUUCCGAGUGUCGCAUCGAUCUUAUAAAACCAGCAUCAAAACCGGAGAGCAGCCGAAUGAGCGGAGAGCCGGCCGGCCAGCCACACCCCGACGCGAUUAAACCUGUUGCUGCUUCGCUCGUGGCGAACGCUCCAUAGAUACGUGCACGUAGGUGUCCGCCGACGAAUACGUAUGCACGUAAGUAUGCGUGUAUGCACGCGGAGAUCACUCGGAAACUUUUCAGACUCGGUUACGAAUGCACAAAGAGGCGAGGUACGAAUUCCUCGCCGGGGGGGUGGAACGUCGAUAAAAAUUGGGACGAGGGAAAGAAUUCUUUGACGAUAAAAUCAAUCGAUGGACUUUAUCGGAAAAUUGGUUUACGAAUAUUUGAUUAUUUCAUUGUUGAAUUCUUCGCUUUUCACGUGGGCAGAUAUUAAACUUUAAUUUUAGCAUAUGCGUUAUAUUGUGGGUUAGAGUCUCUUAUCAAAGAAUAGUACGCGGUGUAUAAAAGAAGAGGCAGCAUUGAUCAGAGAGUACGUUUUAAGUGGUGCGAGGGAUAUAAAAAGCCGGGGGUGAAAAGCGUUUCGUUGCUCGCCACCUCCUACCCUUUCUGGAUCCUUGGCACUUACCUUUGACUUAUGCUUUUCGCCGCUCUUACGUUACCCGACGAAAUCGAUGCAAGAGCGGCGUAUAACGAGCCGGGGGAGGGUCUCGAAUUUCGCGUCUCCAGUAACCGGUGACGCAAUUCGUGAAAGCUGGCCACGGGGGUGAAAAGCGGUGCGCCGCAGGAAUUAGGGGGUACGUUCCUCGUAAUACAACCCACAUUAUCGGAACAAUUCGGAUGACCUGCUACCAUAUUUAUGACCGCGUGUUUCACUGACAAAGGAAUUUUUUAUCCUUGUAUCAGAAAAAUUAAUCUCAUUGAGACAUUCGUAUUUUCACUGGUACUUUUGGUACGAUGGAAAUCAAACGCGCGUAGGCGUUUUCGUAAUAACGCCGAGAGAGAUGAAAUGAACAUGUGGUCGUUAAUUCUAAAGAGAUAUCAAAUAUUAAUUCUUGUAAACGUCAAUAUGCAAAGGGAACGAUAAUCCAGUCGAGAGUUUUAUAUAAUUAAUUUCCAUUUUUAGAACGAGUCGCAUUUAUAGGCGCGACCGUUCGCGUUUAAUUUAUAUUUCAAUUCCCAGCUGAAUCGCCGAUUCACGCAACGUGCGCGUAAAUGAAUUCCCAACCCCGUUGACGCGAAUGCUUGACUCAUUUGAACCGUACGAUCUCUCGUGAAUAGAGUGGAGGAAGAAGUGCCGGGACGAAUCCUUGGAUCGGGUCGCGCGUACGUUCAGCAUCCGAAGGAGACCUCGCUCGGGGGUUAGGGUCACGUCAACGUAAAACCGAGGUAAAGUGAGACCGCGCUGUGGUGGUGGUGGUGGCACGGUGGAGCGAGAGAGCGAGGGGAGUUCAUUGAGGAACGGCACGUGCAAGAGAGGACAGAGAGCGCGCUGACGAAGGUACGGUUCACGGCAGGGGGUAGAGAGGCAGGCAGAGGCACGGGGGACGAAAACAGGGUUGCCUGGCGACCGUCAGCCGGCGGGUUGCCCCUGGCGACUGAUUGCGUCACUGCAGCGCCGUAUGACGUCACGCGACGCCACUGCCCUUGACCGCUCGAGUCCGGGGAGAGCGUCCUCACGACCCUCUCUCGCCCCUUCUCAUCUCGUUCCGCGCGUCACCAACCCCACCACCGAAGAAACCGACCCUACGGCUUACGACUCUGACGCCGCGUAAUCCGGAGGGGUAAAGUUAUCUGUGAAACCGAGCAAACAUCUGCAUCGCAUACAGACUCCCUUCAUAACACUGUUUCCUGCAUUUCGAUGAACGAACAGGUGAGGGUGACGUUAUGUCUGCCAUGGUAUUUAAUACAUAUGGAAAAUCACGAUUUCAUCUCUUUCAACGAGAUCCAGUUAUUUUUUAUAUUUCAUAAUAAAUUACGAAUUCGUGUGUGCGAGACUCGCGCGUGUAAGAUACUCUCCUAUUGGCCGUUGGUCAAUUCGUUUAUCGCGUUUGCACGAAACGGGAUUAUUAAAAGGUCUGUACACACGCAAGUUCGCCUUUUCCAGCGGGUAGUAGGUAGGGUAAGCGUACCGUGGAGAGGGUUGCAAAGGCGCAACAAAAAUAGUCGUCUCUAUACGCUGGUCGUAGGUAUUUUAGGAAUUACGUUAAUCGCCGCACGUUAUUUUUACCGUGCCGUCGUCGGUCUUACCUUUAUGCGUCGUUGCAACCUUUGAUUUCCCGUUUCCCCACCAUUUCCGCGCUUCACUCGCGGAGGGAUGAUAAUCAGAUUAGCCUGCGUCCCCGUUGAUGGAAAGGAGAUUACACGGUUUCGUCGUUCCCGUUCUUCUUUUAGGUUUUUAAGUGAAUUACCGUCAACGGGAUUCUUUCGUUCACGCGAUUCAUGCUUAGUUUCCGAAUGAACGCGAUUAGGUAACACCUGUCACACGCGCGACAGCUUACGAAGUUCGGAGCAAGACGUCGACGUGAAGCCACGGCAAGGAAUUUAUCACGAUCAGCUCGAACGAUUAUUUAUAUUCGAUAAAAUCGAGCUUCGUUCCCGGUAGAUGCCAAGCCUUCUGCUUACGACUCCAUCCUCUUCGACUACGUUAUUAUAUUAUACCGUUCGAACGUGGAACUCGAUAAACGUUUCAGGCAAGACGCCUAAUACCGAGCCGAUAGCCCGAAUGCUUUACGUUUCAUUAAAAUAUGUUACAACGCUGCGCAAUGCACCCAUGGGAAACGGGAUCGUGGAUUCGUGGGCGGGGAACGUACAUACGCGACGUAACUCGCUGUUUCAUGCGGCCACCGCUCAAUGAAAAGCGAAAAAAAGGCCGAUUACUAUCCGACUUUCUACCAUUUGCGUCACGCGCGUGCAUCUCGCGAAGGAGAUCGAACCGUGGAACGGUUCCCGAUCCUCGCCGUCGCGGCGUUCAUUCAGGGUCGUUGUGGUAUAAGUAUAAUUUAAAACACUGCCACUCGUCCGUUUCAUUUUUUUUUAAGCCUAUUAAUACGAUAUAAAUAAGUACGUCCGCGGUGAUAAUAUCGCAACCGCAGAAUUUAUAGCGCCGAUAUUCUAAAUAAAAAGGAGGGGGAACGUUCUUUAGAACGCGAUCACGCGUUUUUAACACCCUCUAUAUUUUGCUGAUACUCAUAAUGUGUCAGGAUAUUUCUGCUUGUGUGGGCGUAUGUGUACCAAGGCGUGUGUGGCAGUGUGUGUCUGUGUGUAUGUACCGAACCUACCCAGCUGACGUCUGUUCAUUCACUUUGCUCAUCCAUUCAUAAAAUGCACUGGCGAACCGCGCAUGCGCUCGCGUUUUCGCUUCAUUCCGCCUUUGCAAUUUUAUAGGCUUUGCCGAUUGCCGUAACAGCUGUUUCGGCCCUUUGGCUCAAUUCCGUUCCUCACUUUGUCCUACUGCUCAAUUUCUCUGUGUCAUUUCUGCUGAGUCUGUCAAGGAUCAAUUUCUGUUCGUAACAAUCCCCGUUAGAAUCCUUUCAUUCAUUAAUCUAAUUAAUCUUUGCCCUCAUCUAUUAAACCUGAUUCCGCUCUACGUGAAUCAGUUUCAUGUAAAAUUGUAUGAGAAUUGCAUUUCUAAUUUCUGUUCCAUGCAACCGAUUUUAAUGCUUAAGUAAGUGCUUUAUUAAAUAUACAUUUCACUGUCUAUUUAUUUAAUGACCUGUCCAGUAAACCAGUAAAUCCAGAACGAGACUCAAUAUGAAUUUCCAACAAGGAUUAUCGUGGAGGAAUACUGAAUGAUUUAUAGAACAUAUUUCCAAAGGUAGAAGUUAAAAAAAAAGAAGAAAAAAACAGACUUACUCAUUGGAUCAAAUUAUGUUCUGAAAAGAUUUAAUCAUUUUUUAAAGAACUUUUGAGCGUUCCCGGACUUGGCAGUUAAAUGACUGGUGGCGCAAUCUAUUGGCGAAGCAGUGCAGUGCAGUUGAUCAAACGACCUUCGCGCAAGAUCAUUCAAGGGGUGGCUCCAAGCAUAAUUAGCCCUACCUCAUUUAUCGAUUUUCGCGGAUUGUUCAAAGAUUAUGUUCCCAUUAUAUUAAUGUUCCAAGAAGGGAUGAUCCUCGAUCUCAAUGAUUUUGGAAACGAUACCAAUCAGAUCAUGAAGAUGACUAUAAACAAGAGUAGUGAUAUGCCAUAAUACUUACUACCCCCUUCGGAUUUACUAAUUCCCUAAUUAUUUCUCAACGAGUGUAGUUGAAAGGAAAUUGCAUAGGACUAUUUUUGUAUCUGGCAAUUAUAGCUAUAAUAACAUUAAUAAUAGUUGAGUCUGUUUAAUCCACGUGCCGACGCUUGUCGCAAUCGCGAAGCUGCGUCCCUUCUUAUAAAUAUGUAAGAAAAGUAUCCUUGAGCACAUUGAAUUUGGCGCCUAAAUUGAUUGACGCGCCUCUAAUUAAAUUAGAUUAACUGACAUUCGUUAGAAAAGAGAAAGUCGUAGAAAGAUUGUGUAAAAUUGUAAAAUUGUAUAAAAUUAGUAAUUUGUGAAUAAUAACAUUGAAUGUUGUUUCUUUGUUAUUACA